AUGGGGGGAAAGAGUUCCUAUGCCAAGGGCUUCGGGGUCGCAAGAGCCGGGGUAGCUGCCCUCAUCUCGCUGGCCGCCCUGGGCCGCGCCCAGUCCGUCAAGCCGCUGGCGGUGAGCGUGAGCGCCCCUCGCUCCUGCGCACCCAUGCAGAUCAGCUGGGACGCCUCGACCGGAAAAGCGCCAUGGACCGUCACUGUGGCGCCUCUCGGCCACAUCCCGGCGUCCGUGGAGUUGGCUGCUGGCUACUCGAGCUCAAACACCUGGUCUUACAGCUGGGACGUGCCGAGGUACAGCUCGGCCGCCACGCAGCUGAUCGUCGCCGUCUCGGACGCGCAGGGCAAAGUCACAGGCACCUCGGCCAUCGAGACGAUCGCGGCGGGCGCAGCCACCUGCGCCGCAAUCUCCACAGCCAGCGAGCAGCUAGACUUUGUCUGGUACCCGGAGGUGGCCGCACCAAAGCAGUGCGGCGCCUGGAGGCUGACAUUCGAGGAGGACAAGGGCAACCUCGGCGUUCAGCUGCCCGUCGAGUUCCUCAUCAUGCCCGAGAACGACAUCCCCACGCGCGUCAGGGUGGCCACCAAGACGGCCAACCACAUCGACUGGACGGUCAACUACGCCGCAGGCACCCGGUUCGCCGUUGCGGGCCUGGAUCAAGGCACCAGCAAGAGCGGAGGGGUCGGAUCGGACGUGUACCGCGUGGGCUCUGGCAGCUCCUCGGCCUGCCUGUCCCGCGUUCAAAAGGAGGUCGUCGCUGGCCUUCCCAAGGCGGACUCCGUUGCGAAGGCGCCCACCGCUACCAGCGCCUCGGCCAGCCGGAUGACUACGGCGCGCGCCUCGUCGACGGACCCGGCCAAGACGGCCUCGCCCAGCUCGACGGCGGCCGUCAAGAAGACGGGCGAAAGCAGUGCCAAGAAGGAGCCGGACGAGGAGCCGUCGAGCAGCAACGGCGCCAAGAUUGGCGGCGUCAUCGCCGGCAUCGUCGGCGCCAUCGCCCUCAUCGGCGGUGUCGUCUGGGCUUUCCUCGCCUACCGCCGCAAGCAAGGGCACGCCCAAGGCGAGCACCACGAGAAGGAGGCCAAGGGGAACAACCGGUGGUCGGCUGGAGGACCCGGCAACGUGGUGCCGUUCCCCGCCAGCGGCCGAAAAUCGCCCUGGCGGCAGUCGGCCAUGGUCAUCGGCCCGUCGUUGGACAACGACCACGGACCGCUCGUGGGUCGGCGCCACCACGACUUUGGCGCCGAGAGCGACAUGGGCCACGGCCACAGCUCCUCGAUCAGCCUCCACCGCGGGCGCGACUCCAUCGGCGGCGGCGGCUCCGCCGCGAUGAGCACCCUGUCCCACGCGCCCACGGUGCACUCGAUCGUGCCCGACGACGCCCUCUUCCCGCCGCCCUUGCCGCUCGAGCACCGUUCGAUCGCUCAGCACCACCAUCAGCAGCCAUACUACCAGCAACAACAGCAGCAGCAGCAGCAGCAGCAGCAGCAACAGCAGCCGAGGAGGCAGAGCCAGUGGCCCUCGUCUCAGCCGCGCGAACGCGGUGGCUUCGAAGACCAGCCACCGGCCCGCAGGCAGCCCUACAGCCGCGAGUCGAUGGCCGCCCUCGAGGGCCUGCCGCUGUCGCCGAGCUCGGCCCAUCGCAGCCCGACGGCUGCCCAGUCGCCUCGGUACGGUCCGCAGGCACCGCGCGACAUUAUCGCGGAGACUGCCGCGUCGCCCGCCGCCAGCGCAUCGUCGUUUGCGUCGGCCCGCAUCCCGCCGCCCGCGCCGGCGACGACCUCGCUCUUCGACCCGUACGUGCACAUGAGCCAGUUGUACAGCAGCGAGGAGGCGGCGAGGAUCGCGGCCGCGGUCAACGAAGACCGCGUCCCGACGCGGGCGGCUGCGGCGGCAGCAUCGAGGCCGAUUCCGGCCGCGCUCAACGUCGGCACGCAGCCCGACGGACCGAGGAUGCUGUCGCCGUCGGGGCCGUCGUCGCGCACGAUGGCCCCCGGCAGCCCGCGCUACGCCGAUCCCAAGGAGGGCGAGGCGUGGCUGAGCAUGCUCGACGACCAGCUCAAGCGCGAACGCAAGCGCGUCGUCUCGACGGCGAGCCUGGCCAGCUCCGACGGCGGCCUGCCCUACAUGUAG